AUGGAACCAGGUUCUAAACACCAUCAGAGGUCGUCGCAGCCUAAGGGUCAGGUAUUAGGUAGCGACAAGCCUCCCAUGGCUCCAAAUCAGACGCCUCCCCAGGAACCAUCAGUCGCGCGAACGGCCACAUCUGAGAUAUUGGGAGGAAGUCGCCAGACAAGCAGAUUCACUCGUCUUAACACCCUCAGACGCUCCACCUGGGUGGCAGGGGGAAAGGAACCCGAAGCAGUCGGUAAAGGAGCCUACGAUCGAACCGCCGCUUAUCCAUCUCCAGCAGAUAACACACCGAAAGCUGCACUCUUUACCCUUCCACCCACAGUUUCUCAAACAAAUAUCGGUGAGCAUGCCGUAUGCUCUGUGGAGGAUGAUUAUCAAACUGUGGAGGAGGCUACAGCCGCCGCAGAUAAGCUAGAUCAGGAGAUACAGGCCGAGAAAGAUUCUAGCAAGAAGUUGUCGCUCGCGCGCAAGGCUUGUCAAAUCCGCAUGAAGGCAUGCAUGUUACAACGGCAAAAUCGCCCGCAUCUACCUACAACUACAGUUACCGACUCUACUACGAGUGGCCGUGAUUGUUCACCUCCUAUUGACAACAAUGACGCACCGACCUCCCUCCAGAAAGCCAAACCAGCCAGUGCGAUAUUCAGCAACCCCGUCCAACCAACUCCUAGUGGCGAUGCAACUACAAGAAGUGCAACUUUUCGAAAACUGCGUAACCAGCGUGAGGAUGCUUCAAGCCCUCAUCUUGAUUUCUUCACCAGCCCCUCGGAAACCGACUGUAUUGAACAAAGCGACGAAGAAGAAUCUGAAGCAGGAUACGGAGUUGGCCGAUACUCAUGGGAGGAUGGAUACGGCACAUCCCCGGUUCACACGCACAAUAGCUCCAAAGCGCUCACUGCAGCUAUUGCCACAUCUGCGAAGAGCACAACCGUUCCAACCGCAGGAAAGGAACAAGUUACCGCACACCUGUCCGCCUCCAGUCAUGAAUCUGCCCCCCCAUGCAACCCUCAACAGCAAAGAUCUGAUGCAAGCAACGCAAGACAGCCCAAAGCUAACGCCACAAUCUGUGAGCAAGCCGGCAAUCACAACAUCAUGAUCACAGACCUGGUGGCAACACAUGGCAAAGAACGGAAUGAUGCGCAUGACAGGAUUGACCAACUUACCAAAGACAACGAGCGGCUUCGGGCAGAGAAUGCAGAACUCCAGAAGGCUAAGCGCCGCCUAGAGGACGUUAUUGAUGAAAUGCUUCUCUACCGGAAGCACUGUCGGCAAGAGAAUAAGACGAUGAUGGAGCAUUGA